AUGGAUAGCAUCGCUGAUCUCAAAGACCAUUUCGAUCGAGAGGAACGACUGAAGCUCGCAGAAAGCCCCACGCAGGCCGUAGGAUUUCAUGGUGAUGGUCGUGAGGAUCUUGAUGCGCGACCCGAGCGUCGACGCGCCAGGCUCUUGUACGGAUGUCGCCCAGCAACUUCAAAAGCCGAGGUUGUCGCCGCUCUUCCGCCAAAACCCGCGGUAGAUAGAUAUAUCGCACGCUACUUCAACCGUCUUGACUUGGUUGCUUCAUCAUCGGUGCAUGGACCUACCUUUCUGAAGCAAUACGAGGCUUUCUGGGCCGAUCCCGAUGGCAUUCCCAUCAUGUGGGUUGGCCUUCUUUACAGCAUGAUAUGCCUUGCAGUCAUUGCGUCCGACCCUCCCACCGACAUUCUCGAACAUCAGCAGCAACGGCUCCAGAUUGAUUUGUACCGGGAGAAACUAGUCCAGUGUCUCAUGAUGGGCGAGUACACUUUAGGUGGCGAGCAUGCGCUCGAAACGUUCAUGAACUAUGUCUACGUCGAGUUCCGCAUUCACGACGAUGCCGAGAAAGAUGUGUGGUUCUUGCUUGGCCUAGAGGUGAACCUGGCAAAGCGCAUGGGCUACCACAGAGACCCCAAACACUUCCCUGGCAUCACUCCCCUGCAAGCAGAGAUGAGAAGGAGAGUAUGGGCAACCGUUUUGCUGGGGGAUGUGCUGAUUUCAGGCCAAAUGGGCAUGCCUCGGAUGGUUCGCGAUGGCGAGUUCGACACCGCAGAGCCACUAAACCUGAACGACGAAGACUUCCGGGAAGGCAUGCCUGUGCUGCCUGAACCGCGGCCGGAGACAGAGCUCACAACGACCUUGGGGGUCAUUGCGCGGAGGAGGAUCCUCAUCGCCCUUGGUACGAUCUCGGAUUUGACUGCCUCGCUCAACUCAUGCAGCUAUGCCGAGAUCAUGCGUCUUGACGAAAUCCUCAACAAAGCCGGCAAGAGCAUACCUCCCCCGCUGAGAGCUAAGUCUAUGGCCGCGAGUGUCACUGACUCACCUCAAACCAUCAUGGCCCGGCUCUUUCUCAGCCACAUGUUCUACAAGGGGAAAAUCAUGCUCCACCGGCGCGUUUUGUUUGCUCGGUCGAUGUCUCCGACCUGUGAUACCUUCACGUAUUCACGGAGCGCAUGCCUCGAGGCGUCUCUAGCGACAAUAAAGAUACAGCAAGUAUUGGACGAAGAGACCUGUCCCGGCGGUCAGCUCUACAUGAUGCAUUGGAGGGUUGGCUCGAUCAUGAACCACCACUUUUUAACAGCAACCAUGAUCCUGUGUUCUGUGGUAUACCGCAAGCAGGUCUUUGGCCGCGGAGACGAGAUCAUGUCCGCGCUGCGGACGGCCCGUAGUAUCUGGAUGAGAAAAUGUGAUGGCUCGCGCGAAGCCAAAAAAGCAGGCGAAGCCGUCAGUAUUGUUCUCGCACAAGCCGGUGGGCCUCGGUUCGAUGCCUAUCUCUCUGUCGAUAGAGAUAAUUUGGCUGGGGUGUCUCGCGAUGCAACGAACGACAAGCAACCGUCCAGUACUGGUAUGACAGACGAAGCAAGUGGUUUUGAUACCAUGGAAACAUUGCUCUUCAACGAGACGUUUGGCAUAGACCCCGGACUAGAGAACUUUUUGGCUGAGGUGAUCCAGGAUACAGUGCCAACUGGGCGUGCACUUUCGGGAGGUGGGAUUAACGAGGGUAAUGCGUCGAUGGAUCCCUCACUCGAUGACUGGAUGUUGUGA